CACCGCCCUCUCUCUCUCUUUCUCUUUCUCCCACACACACACGUACACACUCUCACAAUCUAUAUAUGUAUAUGUGCAUACGUGAUUCAGCACAAAUAUGUCUCACCGGAUUUUCAUUUUCCCCAUUUUCUUAAACUAGCAAACACAGUAAACAAAAAGAAAGAAUUUGUAGAGCCAUGAAGAGUAAUCGCAGUGGAAAGAUUUCGGCAAGAUGGAUUCCCAUUUGCUCCAUUUGCUUCUUCUUCAUCGGGAUCAUGUUCACAAACAAAUUCUGGAUUCCAUUGGAAUCCAACAACCAGUUAAUAACUCAGAAAAGAAUUGACCAAGAGCUGCAGAUCGUGUCCGAGGAUUGCAAUGCUAGAAAAAAGAAAGGAGGAGAUCAGGGCAUGAAUAUCAUGAAUGAGGUGUACAAAACCCAUGAAGCAGUUAUGUCAUUGGACAAGUCGAUUUCAAUGCUGCAGAUGGAGUUGUCUGCACCAAGGAGAGGUCAGGAGAGGGGGGGUGGUGAGGGGUCCUCUGUGAGGAAGAAGGCAUUUGUGGUGAUUGGUAUAAACACGGCUUUUAGUAGUCGAAAGAGACGUGAUUCUGUCAGAGAGACUUGGAUGCCUCGAGGCGAGAAGCAUCGCAAAUUGGAGCAAGAGAAGGGGAUCAUUGUGAGAUUCAUGAUCGGACAUAGUGCCACGUCAAACAGUAUAUUGGAUAGAGCUCUCGACUCUGAAGAAUCUCAACACAACGAUUUUCUUCGGCUGGAUCAUGUUGAAGGGUAUCACGAACUCUCAGCAAAAACAAAGACAUUCUUUGCCACGGCUGUUGCAAAGUGGGAUGCUGAUUUUUAUGUCAAGGUUGAUGAUGACGUCCAUGUUAAUUUGGGUACAUUGGCCGCGACUCUUGCUCGCCACCGCUCAAAACCAAGAGCUUACAUCGGCUGCAUGAAGUCGGGACCAGUUCUAGCCCAAAAAAACGUUAAGUACCAUGAACCAGAGUACUGGAAAUUCGGAGAGGAAGGGAAUAAAUAUUUCCGGCAUGCAACUGGGCAGAUCUACGCUAUUUCAAAGGAUCUAGCCACCUACAUUUCCAUCAACCGGCCCAUUUUGCACAAGUACGCAAACGAAGAUGUGUCGCUUGGCGCUUGGUUUAUCGGUCUUGAAGUCGAGCACAUCGACGAGCGCAGCAUGUGCUGUGGUACUCCGCCAGAUUGCGAGUGGAAGGCGCAAGCGGGCAAUGUAUGCGUUGCCUCGUUCGACUGGAGCUGCAGCGGGAUCUGCAAAUCAGUCGAGAAGUUGAAGCUGGUGCACCAGCAAUGUGGUGAAGGAGAAGAGGCUCUCUGGAACGCUCUGUUGUAAAGUUUCCUAGUGAUUAGCAUAAAAGCUGAAUUUCCUUUGCGACAACGACGCAUUAGAAUCCUUCAUCUUGGAUCUUGUAGCAUCAACUAUGAAAGCAGGUUUCAGAGGGACUGAGAUUUGGCUGCACUUUUGGAGCCAAUAUGGUUGAGAUUGAGAAGAGAAAAUUGUAAAAGUUGUAGGCUUGUAUUUUUUAUUUAAUUUUUUUCUUUCUUAAUGCAUAAUUUACAUGGAUAGUGUAUAUGUUGUUUCUUGUGUAUGUUUGAAGGAAAUUGCAUAAUAUAUAGAAUGCAAUUUUGUGAUU